CUUUGCCCGCGCUGCUUGUGUGUGAUGUGGAAUAUUACAAACUUUUUUCUCCAUCAUAAUGACCUCGGGAGCGUACUGCGCGGUGGAAGGGUGCAAGAAUCAGAAGACAAUGAAGGAGAUAUCGUUCUUCAAGUUGCCAACAGACGCGAAACGCCGCGAGAAUUGGCUACACAUGAUUGGGAGACCGGAUCUUCUACAAAAGCCACAUUUGAAACCAGAAUGCCACUUCGUGUGCCACAUCCACUUCGAAGAGUACAUGAUGAUCAGGAAACCAUUGCUGAGACCCAACGCGAUCCCCACCAAGAACAUCCCUACCCUACCUAUAUUGAAUGAGCCUGUGGAGGUCACUAGCACCAAGGCGGACAAAGCAACGCAAACUAAAAAAAACAUAUACAAAAAUCUAGUGAAUUGUAAAAGAAAAGGAGUUUCUAAAGAAGAAAAAGAGAUGACACCUGAAAGUGGUGAUAGCUUUCUGUAUGGUGAAUCCGGUAAAAAGAAAAGAAAAAUAAAAGCUAAAAAGAAGCUAAGAAGUAUAGAAAGUGAACAGAAGCAGAAUAAAUCGGAAGAAGAAGAUGAAGAACAUAGAAGAAAACAAUGGGAUGCUGCGAAGGGUGACACAACAGAUGCUCCAUUAUCACCUUUAAAUUUAGUUAAAACAAUUAAGACUGAGCCUUUAGAUGUAUCAAGAGAUUCAACUUACUGUAGUCCAGAGGACAAUAACGACAUGCAAAGAACAGUUCUUGUGGAAAUUGAGAUUAAAAAAGAAAUUGAGGACGAUUAAAUUAUUAUACGUACCGUACAUACAGAUAAACACGUCUUAAUCCCUUACGGGGUAGAGAGAGAGCCAUCAGUCUAGCAAGGACUGAAAGUGGCCUUUCAGCUGUAUAGGUUAACGAUAGAUUUAGGAUUCAAAAAGUGACAGGUUGCUACCACUAAAAACAUUUUGUUGAUAACUGUGUAAAUUAUUCACCUAGUUAGUAUUCUGUCGACAAGCUUUUAUGUAAUAUUAAAUUGUUAUAAUUGUUACAAAAUGAUGAGAUUAGACAUCUUAAUUUAUUAUAGUUGACGUCCAAUAAGUAACUUAAAGUGUACAAACUGUACUGCAGCAUUUUUUUUAUUUAUAUAUUUAUGUACAUCAAGAAAAAUAAGAAUAAAACUUAAAAUAAAGAGAAAUUCAGUACAAGGGCACUACUUAUUUCUAGCGAAAUUUCUUCCAGCAGACCCACGACAGGAAAGUGUAAAAUAGCAUUUUGUUUAACGUCUCUUCAACUCAAAUACAAAAUUAGAAAUGUGUAAUUUUGGAUUUUGGAAUACAUUGUUAUGAUAUAAUGGAAAUUAGAAUAGGAAAAUCUGAAAUGGAAUGUCAAAUUUAAAUAAAAUUGAUGUUAAGUAAGA